CGGUGCCCACGCACGAAGUUACAACGAGCCCCCGAUUGGUGGCAAUGAUGACCCGUUUGGUUGUGCCAGGAGGGGAGGCUUCGUCUGUGCAGUGGCAGCCGAACGCACUGCAGGCUGAACGGCGCACACACAACAGAAGGAGGGGAACGAGGCAGGCAGCAAAGCUUCCCUGCACAGAUCCGCCUCCCAGCAGCGCGACCGGCUGAACCGCGGGCGCCUCGUCCUCCGGAUCUCCGCCGUUAAAAUAACAAAAAGUUCAACUUUUUAUAUAUAAAACAUAUAUAUAUAUAUAUUAAUUGUAGUGCAGUUCGGCAGAAGAAGACGAUCACCGCGGAAAAGACGGAGACAUGGCAACCACGACCUGUACGCGAUUUACGGACGAGUAUCAGCUGUACGAGGAGCUCGGAAAGGGAGCGUUUUCAGUGGUGCGCCGCUGUGUCAAGCUGUGCACAGGCCAAGAAUAUGCUGCAAAAAUAAUCAACACCAAAAAGCUCUCUGCAAGAGAUCAUCAGAAGCUAGAGAGGGAGGCUCGGAUCUGCCGUCUGCUCAAACAUCCCAACAUCGUUCGACUUCAUGACAGUAUAUCAGAAGAAGGCUUCCAUUACCUCCUCUUUGACUUGGUGACUGGCGGCGAGCUGUUUGAGGACAUCGUGGCCAGAGAGUAUUACAGCGAGGCAGACGCCAGUCACUGUAUCCAUCAGAUUCUAGACAGUGUCAAUCACAUUCACCAACAUGACAUAGUUCACAGGGACCUGAAGCCAGAGAACCUGCUCCUGGCCAGUAAGUGUAAGAACGCUGCCGUCAAACUGGCCGACUUCGGACUGGCCAUCGAGGUCCAGGGCGAUCAGCAGGCCUGGUUCGGGUUUGCGGGAACCCCUGGCUACCUGUCCCCCGAGGUGCUGAGGAAGGAGGCCUACGGGAAGCCGGUGGACAUCUGGGCAUGUGGUGUGAUCCUCUACAUCCUGCUGGUGGGCUACCCCCCCUUCUGGGACGAGGACCAGCACAAGCUGUACCAGCAGAUCAAGGCCGGAGCUUAUGACUUCCCUUCUCCUGAGUGGGACACCGUCACCCCUGAGGCCAAGAACCUGAUCAACCAGAUGCUGACCAUUAACCCGGCCAAAAGGAUUACAGCCCAGGAAGCCCUCAAGCACCCGUGGGUCUGCCAACGGUCCACAGUAGCCUCCAUGAUGCACAGACAGGAGACCGUCGAGUGUCUGAAGAAAUUCAACGCCAGGAGGAAACUGAAGGGUGCCAUUCUCACCACCAUGCUGGUGUCCCGUAACUUCUCUGUAGGCCGGCAGACAACGGCUCCAGCUACUGUCUCAGCCGCCGCGGCUGCCGCUGCUGCUGCCGCCGGCACGACCGCGGGGCUGGUGGAACAAGCAGCCAAGAGUCUCCUCAACAAGAAGGCAGAUGUCAAGAAAAGGAAGUCAAGCUCGACGGUCCAGUACAUGCCGCAGUCAAACAGCACGAAAAACAGCAUAGUCACCAGCCCUAAAGGAAACGUCCCCUCUCCUGCUCUGGAGCCUCAGACCACUGUUAUCCAUAACCCAGUGGAUGGGAUCAAGGAGUCUUCUGACAGCAGCAACACCACCAUUGAGGACGAGGACGUGAAAGGGAAGAGUCUAGAUAACAGCUCAGUUAAGAGCCAAUCAAGCAGCACGUCUCAGCCAGAGGCAGGGCUCCCGCAAAGCCCUAAUCCCGCCAUCUUCUCUUCGAAGUUGACAGACAUCCUAGGGUGCGUGCGCAGGGGCUCAGGCCCUGUGUCUGAUGGUGAGGGGGGGUUCGGAACCCCCCCUGCUGCCCCACGUGCGCCCUCCCCUCCCCACACCCCUGUUGCUCCCAUGCAGGCAUCUCGCCUGACUGACAUUGUGAGCAGCGUCCGACGGGGCUCCGCCCCCCAGCCCGGCCCGGAGGCAGCCCCGCCUCCGCCUCGUUCCUCCCCCCCUCCGCCGCCGUCCUCUUCCCCCUCCCUGUCCUCGCAGACGCGCAAGCAGGAGAUCAUCAAGAUCACAGAGCAGCUGAUUGAGGCCGUGAACAACGGGGACUUUGAGGCCUACGCGAAGAUCUGUGACCCCGGCUUGACGUCCUUCGAACCCGAGGCUCUGGGUAACCUGGUGGAGGGGAUGGAUUUCCACAGAUUCUACUUUGAAAACUUGCUCUCCAAGAACAGCAAGCCCAUCCACACCACCAUCCUGAACCCGCACGUGCACUUGAUCGGCGAAGACGCCGCCUGCAUCGCCUACAUCCGCCUGACGCAGUUCGUGGACAGCCAGGGACGUCCGCGCAGCAGCCAGUCGGAGGAGACGCGCGUGUGGCACCGCCGCGACUCGCGGUGGCAGAACGUGCAUUUCCACUGCUCGGGGGCCCCGGCUGCGCCGCUCCAGUGAAGGGGAGACAGUAACGCCUGCCUGGUGAGAGGGAGAGAGGGAUGGAAGGAGGGAAUGGAGAACAAGUCCCGAGUUGGAGAGCUCUGAGCUGCCGGCACAUAGCCCUCCCACUCUGGGCAUCCGUGCUCACCCGCAUGCAAGUCUCUUUUUACAAGUACCGCCACCUGCUGGGCUGCCCUCGCUACUGCACCUGCCUAUCAGCGUCCAGUUCACGCAUUCACCCCUCCCCCCAACCCUCCCCACCCAGGCGCCACCACCCCAGCCCUGACCUUGACCGCACCUCAGCUUUGACCCCCGCUGCCCCCCCACCCACCUGCCAUGAGAGCUCCACACGCCAAGAUGUCCCGUGGCAGUAGCUGCAGCUAAGCCUCUGGAUGAGGGAAGAGACUUUUAAUUAAUGCUCCAGUAUUAUAAUCCUCACGCUGUGUUUUUUUGUUGUCCUAACUCUUUGAUCAUCUUACACCAGGGAUUUGUGUCGUAGCACACAGAUACUCAAAUUAUAGUAUGUAAAGUUUUAAACAAAACAUUUAUUGUUAUUCUCAUCAUCGUCAACAUCAUUAUUACUAUUAUUAUGGCUAUUAUAGCGACUGUAUAUUUAAUUGGUACAAUUCAUAUUCUUGAUGCCAGUGGUUUCUAGGAGUUUAAGACAAUUUAUUUAAAUCAUUUUUCUUUUUUCUCUUUUUAAGAACGCAUGACUUUUCUAGUAUUCACAGUGGCUGUUUUUUUAUCGUGCUUGGUAAGAGAAACGUUGGCAGUUUUGGACACGCUUUUCUCAGCUUACGAUGAUCCUGCGCAGCCUGGCAUUGGAAGUGAGAGCGGGUUUUAUUUCUUCAUUCGUUAGGUUUUUUUUGUUGUCGUUUGGAGGAUGGGGGUUGCCUGAGAGGGAAGGGGAGCUGAGAGAGGCCUGUAGAAGCAUAAUCGUCACUUUCGUCAGCACUGGAGGUAUCCGCCCUGCGUGCCGGGCUGCGAUUGGCUGGCUCAGGUCGGCACUGCCUCCAGCCACGCCCCCUUUCCGAACCCCAUUAUGCAGUGUAAGGCGAGAGACCUGGAGGUUUGCCUCUGGUUCCCUCAUUUGCUUGUGUCCUUUGCUCAUCGUGUGCCGUGAUGAAUGCCACCAUGUGCCCCCUCUGCAACAGCAGCGUGACGGCUGGCCUCCAGAUCCUCUAGAACUUUCCUCCAUGGUUCAGUGCUCCAGCCAUGCCACUGCUCAGCCCCCACCUUGGCUUUUUUUUAUUCCCAGCAGUCUCAUUGUGUUUCAUUGGGUUUGCAUUCUGCUGUGUGUCCCGCAUACAGUGCCCCCCCCCUCCCCCCCCCGAGGGUCUUUCUAGUAGCAGUGCGGCUGAGAGCGAGUCAGCCAGAGUGAUACGACCCAUAGCAGAGACCCCUGGAGUUCAUAAGCUACCCACAGGUGUGACUCAUUUCUGUCACGUUUAGUGUUUAGUGGGGUGGGGGGGGGGGUUGGUGGCAUCUCAGCGAUUGAUGGCGAAUAAAGACAAGUGUGUUCCCAUGAAAUGGGGGGGAAUAGUGUGGCAGGAUGCUGGCCUUUUUAUUAAUGAAGCCAGUGAUGCUGCGUAGAGUCGCUGCGGACUGGAGUGUGUGGAGGAACCCGGUGGCAGGAGGAGCAUCGGCAUCAUGUUGAGGUGGAAUUUCCUGUCAGGCCGUUCCUUUGCAAUGCAGGUUUUACGAUUAUCGUCAUUGUCUUUAUUUAUUUUGUAUAUGCAGCUUGUGGAUUUAUUUUGUAUUUACUUAUUGGAAAAUCGAAGACAUGAUUUUCCUAGUUUUUUUAUGACAUAUUUUGAAAUGGAGACUGUUUGGGUGCAUUUUAAUGUUACCGUUAACAUUUUAUCGUUGUUUGAUGAUGACUUAGCGAACUACAGCUUGGUAGCGUGAUUCGGAGCUGCCGUCGCCCGCAGGUGUUUUUGACGUGGCGGUUAGCACAUGCUAACGCGGUGCAUCUGGGCAAGGUGGACGCUGAACGGCAUAGAGGGUAUUUAUGCUCUCGCCCAAACCCUCAACCACUCCAGCUGCUGCGUACCAGCGGCGAACAUGAAGCCGAAAGUGUUAUGGCGCGUGUUUGGAUUGAGCCGGCUCUUUGCCAAUGCGCUGGUGUACGUUACGCUGUUGUGGGUAGUGCAGUGAGUAAGCUGUGACUCUAGGGGGCGCCAUAGAGGGAGCAUGGCACAAGAGCACCAAGACUCAACUUCAUCCCACGAUGCACUGCACAGUCCUCAGGUUUAUAUAUUUAUUUAUUUUCCUUUCGACUUACAUGUCUGUGUAUGUUUGUACGCUUCUUUCCGUUUUUUGACUGCGCUGUGGGUGCGUGAGUCACAGCCCCUGUGACUUUGUAAACUCAAGCUUGUGUGAGUGAUGAGGGUGGAGAUGAGGACCCCCCCCCCCCCAACAGAAAGACAGUGAGCAGUGAGGUCCUGCGUUCACAUUCAUAAGCUCACAAAAUAAACCCAAGAGGAGGGUCAGUCUGUUUGUCUUCUGGGUUAUUUUUAAAAAACAUAUUUUAUUCCAUUAUUACAUAAAAUGUGAAAUCAUGUUAGGAGUUUUGUGGACCCCCCAUGUGUUUUGGUUUGGGGAAACAAAAGACGGACAAAUCUCACGAAUCCCCCCCCCCCUUCAAAAGGAGAGAAGAGGCAGCAUGUUGCCGAAGUAUGGUUCUUAUGUUCUUAUGUGUGUUUAGCAUUGCAAAUAAUCAUUUUAAAUAUUAACUUUUAAAAGAUUAUAUAUUGUAAAACUACAGUUAUCUAGUGAUAUCAUAAAUGGCAUUUAUUUGCAUGACUUUCAACUGGGACAAGUUUUGGUGUUUUGGAAUUCCUUUAGUUGAUUUUUUACUGAAUGCUGGUAAACUAUGAAUCUAUUUAUCUAUUUUCUGAGCUUUGUAAGUGCAUAAAACUAUUUUUGUCUCGAGGUUACAAUUACCAUGAUGAUGACAAUGGUUAUCAUAAUGAAGACGGACGUGUAAUGACGAUUGUACAGCAUGCUUUUGUGCAGCGCCCACUGUCGUCAGAGCAGAUCAUGCUGGUGUGUGAAAACAGAACAUUGCAAAGCAGCCAAAUAGAUCGGGGGAGAUCUUUCCUAGUGCUUAUCUUAGCCUUGGCCAGUGCUGGUGCAUGUGGUGUUGACGUACUUCCCCAAGGUCUCCACUAGAUGGCACAAUUAUCAAGAAGAGCACAAAACAAUUGUUUGCAAUUUUGUUUCCCCUGCAACCUACAUAGUUUCAUUUGGAGAUUUUAAGGUCUCAUGAUAACACACAUAGAAUUAAAUUACAUAUAAAUAUAAAGCCGUUGUAACUUUUACAGUAGCUUUAAUGCUCAAUUUUUUUUUUUUGUUGUUUGAAACUCAGAUCAUUUUGCAUCUGAAGUACACUGAGAUUAUUGUGAAUACAGAGUCUUCCUCUGGACAAGGUGCUGCCUCCUUGCCUAAGAGGCCUUGUCCCACACCAUGGUGGAGAUGACGAACGGUGGAAAGCAGUAACAGCUGCCCACGCAGGAUUUACGUCACGGAGAGCUUAUCAUACCAGGAAGGCCAACGAGCAAUAAUAGUGAAUUUUAACCAACUAGAUGAAGCAAACAGAGAGAAAAUGCGGAAUCCGUGCGCAUGAGGUUCACGUUAUAGUACGAGGGAGUGACGCGGUUCAGCUCCACCCUCCAUGGGGCCACAGGGCGAGGCUGUGCCCUUAGUCUCAUGCCACCUGCGGUGUGCCCCAUCGCAUGCUCAUGUGUGCCAUCUCUACUUCCAGUGACGCUGAUCCCCUGCUGCUCUGACAACAGUACGCUGACGACUAUUUGUAGUGUGUCUUUAAAUCUAUUCCCUGAUACUUUUUCCUUUCAUUGAACUCUUAUGAUAUAUAGUUUCUCUUCACAGGAGCCUUUAAAUUCUUCUUUAUUGUUUUUUUUUCUUUUCUCAGCUGGGGUUUCUCUAUAUAUAAGAUUAUGUGAAUCCUGCUGUAUAUCUCUGAUUCCACUGAUUAUGACUGCGUUGUUCUCCAGUGUGCGCUCUGUGUUCUCUAACCUAAGGAAAUGUGUUAAGACGUUAUCAAUAAAUUGACAACUUCAAUACUAA